GAGAGCAUAUAUGCUAGCUAUGCUCGAGCAUGAGAUUGCGAUCGCAUCGCACGCCAAUACCCAACGACCGUACCACCAAUCAACCAAGCAGUAACCGCCCCCGCCCAUGGCUCUCAACUACCUGGCCGUCGCCGCCAUCAACUUCGCCGCCGCGCUGCUCUCCAUCCCCGUCAUCGCCGCCGGCAUCUGGCUCUCGACGCAGCCGGACAACGCGUGCGUCCAGAUCCUCCAGUGGCCGGUCAUCGCCCUCGGCGUCGCGGUCCUCGCGGCCGGCCUCGCCGGGUCCGCGGGCGCGUUCUGGCGCCUCCCCUGGCUCCUCCUCGCGUACCUCGUCGCCAUGCUCGCCCUCGUCCUCGCGCUCGCCGGCCUCGCCGCCUUCGUCUUCGCGGUCACCGCCUCCUCCUCGGGCCGCCCGGCCCCCGGCCGGGCCUUCCUCGAGUACGACCUCGACGACUACUCGGGCUGGCUGCGCGCCCGCCUGGACGCGCCGGGCCGCUGGGACCGGGUCAAGACCUGCCUGGCCGCCACGCCCACCUGCUCCGACCUCAACCAGACCGCCGCCGCCGGCGACGCCGCCACGGCGCAGGGCUUCUUCGCGGCCGCCUGGCUCAGCCCGCUGCAGUCGGGCUGCUGCAAGCCCCCCACCCGGUGCGGCUACACGUUCGUCACCCCGACCUACUGGAUCAGCCCCGUCAGCCCCGCCGCCGACCCGGACUGCGCCGCCUGGAGCAACGAGGAGGCCAAGUUCUGCUACUCGUGCGCCUCCUGCAAGGCCGGCCUGCUCCAGAACCUCCGCGGGGAGUGGCGCCGCGCCGACAUCAUCCUCGCCGUCGACGCUGCGGCGCUCCUCGCUGUCUACGCCGUGGGCUGCUACGCCUUCCGCACCGCCAAGACCGAUGAGCUCUUUCGCCGCUAUAGGCAGGGCUACACGUAGCCACGUAGGCAACGAACUCACUGCCCUUUUAUUUUUGUCACUCACAUGUAUUUGUGGGAGGUUUGCACUUGCAGCAGCCCUACUGGUGGGCGUUUUCUAGUCCCCUCACAAUCGAAAUUUUGCUUCUUUAAUUGCUACUCCCUCCAUUUCAAAAUGUAAGUCGUUUUGGUUUUUUUA